GGCCAGCCCGGGGCUCUGUGCCCUGUGCCGCGCCCCGGAGCCCAUCGCCGAGGCCGGCAACUCAGGAUCUACAGAGAAUCUUCUCCUUGACUUUACCUUACAAUGGAAUUUAAAAAGUCACCUGAUGGUGGAUGGGGCUGGGUGAUUGUACUGGUCUCCUUCUUUGUUCAGUUUUUGUGUUAUGGAUCUCCGUUAGCUGUUGGAGUCUUGUACAUAGAAUGGCUAGACGCCUUUGGAGAGGGAAAAGGAAAAACAGCCUGGGUCGGAUCACUGGCAAGUGGAGUCGGUUUGCUCGCAAGUCCUAUCUGUAGCCUCUGUGUCUCAUCUUUUGGAGCAAGACCUGUGACUAUCUUCAGUGGCUUCAUGGUGGCUGGAGGCCUGAUGUUGAGCAGUUUUGCCCCCAAUAUCUACUUUCUGUUUUUCUCCUAUGGAAUUGUUGUAGGUCUUGGAUGUGGUUUACUAUACACUGCCACAGUGACCAUUACAUGUGAGUAUUUUGAGAGCCGCCGAGGCCUUGCACUUGGCCUGAUUUCAACAGGUUCAAGCAUUGGACUUUUUAUAUAUGCUGCUUUGCAGAGGUUGCUGAUUGAGUUCUAUGGACUGGAUGGAUGCCUGCUGAUCGUGGGUGCUUUAGCUUUAAAUAUAUUAGCCUGCGGCAGUCUGAUGCGACCUCUCCAGGCCUCUGAUUGUCCUUUGCCUGAAAAAACAGUUCUGGAAAAUAUACCAGAUAGAUAUUCCAUUUACAAUGAAAAAGAGAAGAAUCUUGAAGAGAACAUAAGCAUUCUUGAGAAGAGAUGCAGUAGUGAGGAAACAUGUAAGAGCAGUUUAGCUAAUGACUGGAGACAAGAGAAUGUACUUCAUAAAAACCCUACUACGGCACACACUAAAGAGACUGAAACGUACAAAAAGAAAGUGGCAGAACAAACAUAUUUUUGCAAACAGCUUGCCAAGAGGAAGUGGCAGUUAUAUAAAAACUACUGUGGAGAAACUGUGGCUCUUUUUAAAAACAAAGUCUUCUCAGCCCUCUUCAUUGCUAUCUUUCUGUUUGACAUUGGAGGGUUUCCACCGUCACUGCUUAUGGAAGAUGUGGCCAGAAGUUCAAACGUGAAAGAAGAAGAGUUCAUUAUGCCUCUGAUCUCCAUCAUUGGCAUUAUGACAGCAGUUGGUAAACUCAUUUUGGGGAUAUUGGCUGACUUCAAGUGGAUUAAUACCUUAUAUCUUUAUGUGGCUACCUUAAUUAGCAUGGGCCUGGCCUUGUGUGCAAUUCCAUUUGCCAAAAGUUAUGUCACAUUGGCAAUACUUUCUGGGAUCCUAGGAUUUCUUACUGGUAAUUGGUCCAUCUUCCCAUAUGUGACCACAAAGACAGUGGGAAUCGAAAAAUUAGCCCAUGCUUAUGGGAUAUUAAUGUUCUUUGCUGGACUUGGAAAUAGCCUUGGACCACCAAUUGUUGGUUGGUUUUAUGACUGGACCCAGACCUAUGAGAUUGCAUUUUAUUUUAGUGGUUUCUGUGUCCUGCUGGGAGGUUUUAUUUUGCUGCUGGCAGCCUUGCCCCUCUGGAAUACAUGCAACAAGCAACUCCCCAAACCAGCGCCAACAAUCUUUUUGUACAAAGUAGCCUCAAAUGUUUAGAGAAACAUUGGAAGAUACAAGACUGUCUUCUCCUAGAAAGUUUCACUGUGGCUGACUCUGAAUGAAUUUUUUUAAACAUAUCCCAUUCUUUAUGUACUGUAUACAUGGUCUCUAUCUCCUGUAUUUUUUUUUUUUUUUGAGAAGUGGAACUAUCCUGUUUUACUGUUAUUCAUGAGUCCUUAACAUGGCAAAAGUGUUGGCCAGCCUCAGAAGCCUUUCUCUGUGUAAAAGAAAUAUUAUUUCUCUAUAGACUCCAUUAGUUCCAUUGCAAAACAACCAGAUAGGAUGCUGCUAUUUUAAAACUGAAGCAAGCCACAUGAGGAGAGAUGAGUGAAGGCCUCUGGGGACUAAAUCACUCUCUUUUCUCUGUUAGACUAGGACUCUAAGUAAAUAGAAGACUCUAAGCCAGUCGGGAAAUGAAACUGGUUACUAAAACAGCAUGAUGAAUUACAGUGGAGCAAACAGAUCAUUUUUGGAAAAUAUUUUAAAUUCCAGUCACCAGUUUUCAUUAUUCUAUUUUACUUACUUUGAUUAAGCACCCAUAUGUUGUUUGGUGCCACUGAGCAUGAAUAGUUUCAAUCCCUAAGGUGUUUUUUGAGAUGUAGGCAAUCUCCAAGCAGAGCAGCAGUUAUUGUCACCUGUCUCCAUGGUUAACCACCACUAUCACCUCAUUCACUUAUGUUUUCAGCAUCCACUGAGCUGACAUUUCCCAAGAAGUGCUGAUUCUACCUGUUUCCAAAUUGGAAAUGCAUAUUUAAACCAUUCCAUUCUGGCAAAUGGAAAUGUCCAUUUGCUUUGAGCACAGUGGUGAUGAAUUGCAAGUCCUUGCAUAGUUUCUCAAUGAAGCAUUUAUUUGUUACUAUCAUAUUUAACCACUAUCAAAUUUUAAUUCAAAGGCAGAAGUAAAAAUGUGUGUGUGCAUCUGCACAUGAAUGUGUGUAUUGUACUGAGUCUGGUGGAACAUGGGAAGAAAAAAGGGUAAUAGAAAUUGAAACCCUAAUCUAAAUUCACUCAAUCUUAAGAAAAACGUAGGAAGGAAAUCAUUGUUUAAUAAAUAGUCAUUUUUGGUGAGGAAAUUCUUUUUUAAACUUUGCAUCAGAAUCCCCUGUAUAGAUUCUUUUAAAAAGUAUAGUUGCCUAAGUACCACACUUAGAGAUUUUAAUUCUGUGUGUCUAGACUGUGAACCAAGCAUCUAUAUUUUUAAUGAACUCUGCAAGUGAUUCUGGUAACAAAGCCUGGAUUGAGAAUGGCUGUUGAAAGAUUGGCAGUAGAGAAAAAUUUAUUCUCCUAAAUAAAAAACAAAGCAACAAUAAAUUGCUGAACUAAGGGGUUUUUAUAAAUAUCCAGGUGUGGUUCUUACAUAGGAAGCACCUUUCCAUGGUGCCAAAAUUGUCUUUUCAUUUCUUUUGAAAUACAUAAGGUUAUAUUUUAUACUUCAAUUUUGCCUUUCUUCGAAGGCGCCUGAAGCACUUUAUAAGCAUGAAUCCCCAUAGCGCCUCAGUGAGGUAGGCGAAUAGUGCUUUUCUAUGCAGUAAAUCUGGAGAUGGGGAAUUUCUUAACUGAGUUAAUCCUACUCAAUAAUGCAAUAAUGGAGCCCCAAAGCACCUUGGACUUCUGCUCCCUACUCAGACUUCUGAAAAGUUUUCUGUACCUCAUUCUUUAGUCACUGUCAAGCUAUACGUGAUAUUAUAAGCAUAUGAAAUAAAAUGCGCUUUUGUGUUGUAAGUUUCCUUUUUGCCAAUAUUAAGUUCAGGAAUUCCAAUAACCUGAAAAGUUUAACAUUUAUGACAGCCCACAUUCAUCAGUGUUGAUAAUUGUCCAAAUGCUCUUCACAAUGUCUACUAACGUCAUCCAACGUGUGCACUAUAUCUGUUGUCUUGGGAAUGAAUUUUAAGUUACAAUAAAAUAUCUUUUGUUUGUUUUGCACCAGUUUGGUUGCUUUUUCUCUUCUUAGCCUUCAUCCUUCCCCCAAAUUACGAUGACCUGUUGCUUGAAUGUCAAAAUAUAAAUUACCCAAUGUUCACUGCAGACUCCAGAAUUUUGUGA